GAGCAGGGCUGCAGGAGCACCAGCUGGCUUCAGCGCUCACGUCAACCCAUCAGGCAUUUGCAGGAGAGCUCCUCUUUUCCCUUCUUCUUGGUAGUACCGUUGCCAUCUUUUCACCGGCCGUGGCAAGCCAAACCUGUCUCUCCUCUGCUUGAGUCCUUUCCUCCUUCCUUCACCUACAAAACCAAACCAAAACCCCCCACACACGCCACACGGCACUACUGUGACUACUGUCUCUGUCUGCUCUGCUCCUCGCCUUUGCCUCUGAGGCUGUGCCGGCCGGCCUCGCCUCGGGAUCCCCCAGCUGCCUUCUUGCGUAGGAAUGUCUCGGGUUGCCGCAGCGGCAGCCGUCUCUGCGCCGCGAGAGUAGACCAGCCGCAUUUAUUUGCCACCUAAGAGGCCGGCACACCUCGCGAGACAGCACAGAGAACCAGGCAUCACAUCGAGGAAGCACAGAGGGAGUGAGCGGCUCUGCAAUGGCUAUAUAGCGAGCGAGCGGCCGGAAGAGGAGUCAGCUGACAAGUAGUUGUUGUUUCUCUGUCUGUUGGCCGGCGGCGAUGGGGCGUGGUGGCGGCGGGUUCCUCCUGCUGGCUCUGGCGGUGUUGUGCUUCUUGGCGCUGCACGGCGGCAUCCGUGGCUGCGCGGCGGAAGGGGAGGAGGGCGCGGCGGCGGAGGCGGAGGCGCCGAUGGACGAGAAGGAGAAGAGGGCGCUGUACGCCGCCAUCGAGAGCUUCGUCGGCACAGGCUGGAACGGCUCCGGCCUCUUCCCGGACCCCUGCGGCCAGACCCCUAUCCAGGGGGUGUCAUGUGAUCUCUUCAAUGGCCUCUGGUACCCGACAGCGAUCACCAUCGGCCCAGUGCUCGAUAACUCGCUGCAGUGCGCCCAAGACGCGAGCUUCAGCCCGGAGCUCUUCACCCUCCGGCGGCUCAAGAGCCUCACCUUCUACGCCUGUUUCCCGGCGAGCAACCCGACGCCGAUCCCGGCAUCGAGCAGCACCUGGGAGAAGCUCGCCGGGACGCUGGAGACGCUCGAGCUCCGCUCCAACCCGGGCCUCGCCGGCCCCAUCCCGGCGUCCCUCGGCCGGCUCUCGAGCCUCCAGUCGCUGGUGCUCGUCGACAACCGCAACCUCACCGGCCCCGUCCCGCCGGAGCUCGGCGCGCUCGCGCGGCUCCGCCGGCUCGUCCUCUCCGGGAACGCGCUUUCCGGCCCGAUCCCGGCGACGCUCGGUAAUAACAACAACAAUGGCCAUGGCGGAUCAUCAUCGUCUUCCUCCUCGAUGCUGCUGAUCCUGGACAUGAGCAGGAACUAUCUAACCGGGUCUCUGCCUCCGUCGCUAGGUGGGCUCAACCGGCUCCUCAAGAUGGACCUCAGCAACAACCUCCUCCAAGGCAGCAUCCCAAUGGAGCUUUCCGGGCUCCAGAGCCUGACAUUGCUGGACCUCCGCAACAACAGCCUGACCGGCGGGCUGCUGCCAGAGCUCGCGCUGCAGUCCAUGGCGGCGCUGCAGGACCUGCUGCUCUCCAACAACCCCAAGCUUGGGGGCACAUUGAUGAUGAAGAACUCCGGGUGGGACAAGGUUGCGCCGAGCCUGGCAACACUGGAUCUCUCGAAUUUGGGGCUUGUUGGAGGAAUCCCGGAAUCCAUGGGGAAGAUGACGAGGCUGAGGUUCUUGGCCCUUGAUCACAACCGGCUCUCCGGGCCCGUGCCGCCGGGGCUCGCCGCGAUGCCGAGCAUCGGCGCGUUGUACCUCAACGGGAAUAAUCUGACUGGCGCGCUGAGGUUCGAGCCGGAGUUUUACAGGAGGAUGGGGAGCCGGUUCGCGUCGUGGGAUAACCAGGGCUUGUGCUACAGCAAUGGCGGCGGCGGCGCUGCGCCGGCGGGCGUGGCGGUGUGCAAGGACGUGCAGGAGCCGCCGGCGUCCAGCGUCGGAGUGAGGGACGACAAGGUGGGUGGCAGGAAGCCCGAGGCGAGCUCGAGCAUCGUGGCGUCGUCGUCUUCGUCGUCGGUUGGACUCUCGGCUGCCAUGGUCACUGGCCUCUGGUUCUUGGGGCUGGUUCAGGGGAUGCUGUUCUUCUUGUAGGCCGGCGACAGGUUCAGAUUAUCAGAUCUCUAUCAGAUAUAUGGUUGGAACUUGGAAGGAAGAAGAUGAAGGGAAAAUUGUAGUUAGUUCGACUAGUAUAAUUGAUGAUCCAAUGUGUUUUUGGCUCUUUUGGCUGGUGAUUCUGUCUUAUCGGAGUAGUAUAUCGGAUGAUGAUGAGGAACAGAAAGCAGAAGGAUUUCGACAGUAGAGUUUGGUUCAGAAAGUGGGGUAGUGAGUGACAGGUAGCUUUUGCUGUUUUGGGUGUAAUUAGGCUGUUUCUACUGUCAUGUCAAAGGAGGUGGCUGUGAAUAUAUGCAUGGUUAACAGCCCUUGUUAUCUCUACCGAUGAUUUUAUUGCUAUUCCUCCGUCCAACAUAAAAUUUGGAUGUAUAGAUGCGCACAAAUUUAGUCAAAGUUGAGAUACAGUUGCUUCC